GCUGCUUAAUGUUUUUGUUUGUCACCUGAUUACAAACGUAUUUCAAAUUAAAAUCCAUGAUUUUUAUUAAUCAAAUUACAAGAAAAUGGAUAAUCUUAAAAGUGAUUUUGUUCCAGCGGAAACUUUGAUUAAAAUGUAUCAUUUGGAACAAUAUGUCCAUGUAAUCUUGGAUUACACAUCAAGAUAUAAUAAUUCAAAUAGCUCGUACUAUUCCCCAUUCAAUUUGAUAGGGAAAUACGAAAUAUAUCCUUUUUAUGGCGAUUAUCCAGAAACAUAUUUCCUGAGGUCAUAUGGUACCUGGUGGAAGAAAAGUGACUCCUGCCAAUCAAACUACAGACCUCAAGAUUUUGAUCCUCUAGGUGCUGAAGAUUAUGUUACCGUCGAAUUUGAGAGUGCUGUGGUUCCUAGGGAUAUUUGCAUUUAUGAAACAUACAAUCCAGGGGCAGUUGUGAGAAUCUGGGGAAAAUUGGCAAGUGACACUCACUGGGUAUUGCUUUGGAGAGGACAUCCACAGCAAUACCCAAGCAAAUCAAGAAAGUUCCAUCCCAAAAUCAGGCCUGUGAAUCAACUAGUCAAUGUCAUUCGCCUUGAGUUCAACCAAAGUCAUCUACAGUAUCAUUACUCUGUAGAUGCGAUUCUGCUAGGUGGUUUUCAACCUGUGAGUGAUCUGUAUUAUAAUAUGAUGGAAAGGGGUCUGUUUUUCUUGAAAAAACCGGAGGAGGCAUCUAAAUUUUCAGAUAUGGACAAAUAUAGCGAAUUUUUUGGUGAAGAUUAUUUUGUGAAGCUUCCGUAUGAAGUGAUGAUACACAUAUUCCAAUAUUUGGACUUGAAAUCCUUAUGUAGAUGUGCAAGAGUUAAUAAAAGGUGGAAUGAAAUAGUCAAUGAUCCCUUUUUAUAUCAAACUUUAAGUCUUAAGCCCUACUGGUACCUGGUAAACUGUAAUACAAUCGACUAUUUUAUGAAAAAAUGCACUUCUUUGAAGAAGCUGGAUAUCUCCUGGUGUGGAAAUGAUAUUGAAGGAUUUGAUAAGAAGCUAGCAAUAUUUAUAGGUGCCAACUGUGAUACUUUAACCCACUGUUCUUUGUCCAAUUGUAAAUAUAUAAGUCGUGAAAUGUUGACAGAGUUAUCCACGUGUAGAAACUUAGUAGAUUUAAGACUAAAAAAUGUUACCAACUGUUUCAAGCUUGACAAUCCAUCUUUGCAGUACCUGGACAAGUUAGUCACAUUAGAUUUGACUGCUACGAAUAUCGAGGAUGGUGAUCUGAUAUGUAUCCUAAAAGAAAACCCUAAUUUAAAACAUCUUAUCAUAGACUUAUGUGAGCACUUAACGAAUUUAGACAUCGUCGUAGAGGCAGCAGCUGAUUACAACCCGAAACUGACUUGUUGGAGCUCCUGGAAGACAUUGUCUCUAACAGCUGAAGGUGUUAAAAAAUUCGGAAAAUUUCCGUUAAUGAAAGAGCUAGAUUUAGGUUGGUGUUUGAUAAAUAAAGACCCUGGUGAUUGUUUGAGAUACAUCGUGGAUGGAUGCCCUCAUUUAUCAAGGUUAAUAUUGUCUGAAUGGAGAGGGUUGAAUGAUCACUUGAUUAUACCUCUUAUAAUGACAUGUAAAGAACUAACUCAGUUGGAUAUUUUUGGUAUCAAGAACAUAACUGCUGAACUGUGCGAAAAAGCAUUGCUUUACUUACCAAAGUUGAGACUUUUAGAUAUAAGUUUUUGUGAUUCCAUCCGACAAGAUGAGGUGGAGAUUUUGAGGCGACAGUAUCCACAUAUCACUAUACAAAGAAGCUGUCAGUAUUCGUCUAUGAAUUAUCUGAACUAAAAGUUAGACGUAGCCCCUGAAAUUGAUCCUGUGGUUUUCAUGUUGAUAGGACUCAAUUGUCUGGCCGAAUCAAACCACAUGGUUUUAUGCGAUCAGACAAUGGAGUUCUAUUAAAGUUAGAUGUUAAUAUUUAUAGUUUCCUGCAUUUUAUACCAUUUUGUAGAAUACACUAAUUAAAUUGAUAAUGAAAUGAAAUUUCCAUUCGAAAAUCUGAACUGGUUUUAUGCAGUGUAAGCUAAAAUAUGUGAAUAAGGAAAUUUAAUUUAUAAGUGUAUUGUAUAGUAUAUAUAGCUUUAUUAAGAAAGGUAUUGACUUGUUAAUAUAUGCGCUAUCAGAAAAUUGCUUCUUACUCAGUGGCCAAGACCACCAAACUGCAAUUUUGUCAAUCUGCUAACAUCAAUAUUAUAUUAAAAUCUCAUUGACAACUCGAAAAGAAUAUGUUGAAUAAAAUUCAUAUACAUCAGA